AUGUCCGUGUUAUACAAGUUGAUUUCUCCACAAGAAUUUAUCACAUUAUUAAAAGCCCAACAAGCAAAACAACUUGGUGCUGCAAAAAGAAUUAUACCAGUUGACGCCACUUGGUACUUGCCAAAUGCGAAUCGUAACGCUAAAGAAGAGUUUUUGACUCAGGAAAGAAUCCCAGGCUCAAUCUUUUUUGAUAUUGACAGCAUCAAAGACACCGAAUCUCCAUAUCCUCAUAUGGCACCACCAGCUCACAAAUUCGCGGAAGCAAUGAAUCAGUUCGGUGUCUUGCCUAAUGAUGUUCUUGUCGUUUACGACAGAAUAGGUAAUUUUAGUAGUCCUCGUUGCGCUUGGACUUUAGCAUUGUUUGGCCAUCCUGAAGUCUAUCUUUUAAAUAAUUUCACUGAAUAUCAAAAAUUAAAUGGUCCAAUUGAAACGUCCUCAGUAGAUAAACUCUCCCCAUACACACCUACCAACAAUUAUAAUAUCAAUAAAGACAUUUCGGAGGAACAAGUUGUCAAGUAUGAUGAAAUGAUGGAAUUAGUUCAAAGCAAACAUUUCCACGAUGGUAAAAUUCAACUGUUCGAUGCAAGAUCAAAUGGUAGAUUUAAAGGUGUGGAUUCAGAACCAAGACCUGGGCUCUCUUCUGGUCAUGUCCCAGGAGCUCAAUCUUUACCAUUUGUAGACGUAUUGGAUCCUGUGACCAAACAAUUCCCAACUGAUUCAAAGGAUAUGAAAAAUAUUAUUAUUGAAGCUAUUCGUAAGAAUAAUGGUAAUACUAAGAGUAAAGAAGAUGUGGAAAGAGAUUUAGAAAAUAAUCAAAUAUAUACCAUGUGCGGUACCGGUGUCACUGGUGCUAUCAUAAAAACUGCUUUCGAACAUGCUGGCUAUAAAAAUAUUAAAUUGUAUGAUGGGUCAUGGACUGAAUGGGCUCUAAGAAAUGGUGAUGACUCUUCGUUAAUUAUUAAAGAUUUGUAA